AUGCGGAUAAAAUGUAUCGUGGGUUUGGCUUUCCUGAUCUCCGUUGGAUUUACAAUGCUUGUAGUCGGAUGCGUUGUUACAGGAGACUAUAACUGGAAGCCUUUCGGAGUUAUUCCAUUUUACCUAAUUUCACCGAUUCCACUUUUGCUGGCGAUAAAUUCACAGUGUGAGAGGGACAGUGCCGUGUGGAGUGCAAUGAUAUUUACUCACGCCGUCCUCGUUGCGUCCUGUUUUGCACUCCCCAUCGUUUUGGCUCAUGCUCCUCUUUCGACCCCAUCGAUAAGCUGGAGCGCUUGUGGUUUGACCUUAACUGGGAACGUAAUCGUUUUCGCCGCCCUAUAUAUCGCUGCUCGCUUGUGCAGCGAUGGCCAGUAA